UCCAUCGAAUCUUCUUAGGUAAAAAUAUUUUAAAAUAAAAUGGCUAAAGGCUUUCUUCCAAGAGUCUCUUCAUAUUGUACAAGCACACUAAAGUCCUUUGACAUGUAUCCUCACACAGUUAGUUUCACCUUCAAAGGCCAAGAAGAAUUCAAGACAAUGAUUGGAGGCUUCAUCUCCUUUGUCAUAAAGGUGGUAAUCUUGUACUAUGCUUAUGUGAUGGUCAGACUGAUGCUAGAACGUAAAUAAUACCCAGAAGAGUGUGAAUUCAGUGGUAAAAGAUAUUUUAAAUGACCCAACUGCAUUUCAUAUGAACGGAACGGACUUUUCGUUUGGUUUCAAGUUGUUGGUUGGAGAAGAGGAAGAGAUAGAACUUGAAGGAAACGAGUAUUUUGAGGUAGAGAUUGUAAGGCAUACGAAAUUAACUGACGGAACUUUACAAAGAGAAGUUGUUCCUUUUGCUAAGUGUGGAAAUACACUUUUUAAAUACUACAACCAAACAGAGGUAAAUUCGAUAGGGAUCAAUGAUUUCUAUUGCCCCACUACAUCUGACUUUGUCAUCCAAGGAAACGCAAUUUCAAAGGAUUUUACAAAUUUUGAAUUGAAUGUAAAAUAUUGCACUGAUGAAUGGCCAACAGCUUGUCCUUCAGAUUUAAACGAUAAGAUAAAUAAUCUGAUAGUCAGAGUUCCUUUUGUAAAUAGCUAUUUCGACUUUGAUGAUUAUAAAAAUCCUGUGAAGACCUAUAUUGAUGGUAGAUUCGAUUUGUACAUGAUCGACACUCUUUAUCAACAGCAAAAUGCCUUUAUUCAAGUUAAUGAAGCUGAAAUUCAAGACAGCUACUUUGCAUAUCAGCCAGGAGGUAGUAACAAAGAGUUCUUUGAGAUUGAAAGGGUUGAUACAAACCUUAUUUCAAGCCAAGUACAUCAAGGAGAGCUUCUGCAUAUUAACUUUGCAAAAGAUCCUGCCUCUAAAUCAUACGAAAGAACUGUCUUUAGCUUCAUGGAAGUCACUGGAAACAUAGGAGGCCUAUUCGAAAUCCUUCAGAUAGCUGGAGGCUUCAUUGUUGGAAUAUUUUCAGGCAGACUCUUCACAUUUUCUAUGCUCAGUAGUUUAUAUCACGUCGAUAUGCCUUCAAAUAGCAAAGUAAAGAAAGUUAAUGAAGAAACUAAAGAUAACUCUUACAAGAUAUGAAUGACCAAUCGCGGGUAUGCAGGUAGAUCAAAUAACUUAGAAGAAGUAGCUACAAAAGCUCAUAACCGGAUGAGAAGUAGGAUCAGAUAUGACUGGAAUCUCUCUGAUUUUCUUGUAAACCUUUGUAGUUUAUUUUCAUGCUGCUUUUGAAGAUGUAUUAAGAGACGUUAUGAGCUGUUUGAAAAGGGUGAGAAGAAGUUCAUAAAGGAGUUUGAUGCAGUUUAUUAUGCUAGAAACAUGAGGAACCUCAACACCUUGGUCACCUCCAUGAUGGAUGAUAGUGAGAAAGUAAUGAUCACGUAUCAAAAGCAAAACGCUAUCCCUGCUGAAAGUGAUGAAACCAGUGAAAAUGAGGAUGAGAAUUUUGAUGAUGUUCCAAAGAUGUUCUCCAGUAAGAUACUCAAACAGAAGCAUAUUGAGAAAAUAGAUUUUUUUAUGAGAGAGUAUUCGAAGGAAAAGUGGACUGAAAAGGACUUCAGACUUCUCAACGGGGUCUUUAAUAAGCAACAGUUAACAAAUCAGCAGAUACAGAAGAUGGAGAUAGACCAAGAUUUGGAUUUGUCUAAUAUACAACAUCCUGAGGAGAACGAAGAUCAUAGUAAUGUAGGAAUUACAGAAAGAGAGGAGAAAAAAUUGACUGAAGAAAACUGCAAUUCACUCCUAAAACUGCCAAUGAGUCCUCGUCCUCCAGGAUUUCUAGGAAACAGUAAGAUCUAGUGGCACCCUAGCCCAUUUCAGG